CAAAUUGUUUACAUUUGUUAUGCCGUGUAAACAAAACUUAAUAUUUUUAUUAUAGGGCGUGAAGUAAACCUUUUUCAACCAAUUUAUCGCCCGCAUUUUAAAGUAGCAUGUAUAAAGAUCACAAAGUAUUGAAUUAAAUUAGAUAUUAACAAAUGUCAAUAUGCCGGGUACAAUUUUAGAAAACUUAAGUGGUCGCAAGCUAGCAUGUCUUGUGUCGUUAUUACUCAUUUCCCAAGUAGUGUGCUUCCUUAUCGGUGGAUUAGUAGCCCCAUCUCCAUCAAAUGUAAAUUUAGUUUUGGGGACCAUUUGUCGAGAUAACGGUGGCCACAAUGAUACAACUAAAUGGUUGUACCCCAGAGGCAAAGGCUCUUGUGAAAAAAUUAAUGUUGCAGAUAUUAAACAGCAUAAGCAAAUGGCCAUGGAGAUAGUCUUCACGUUCCAGAUUCCUCUUCCAAAAGACAACAUGAUUUUGGACUAUUCACGCUGGCAACAGAAUUUGAUUGGUGUAAUCCAAACUGAUAUUUCAUAUGAAAGCAGCUUCUUAAUACAGACAAAAACGACAUUAACACUUGAUGCUCGUUUGGCAUAUCGAAAUAAAGGUGAUGCUGAUGACGACUGGAAGUACUAUUCAUCAUCUGUAAUAGAAAGAGUUUUAAAUUGUCAUGUGGAUGAGAAACCUGUAUACUACAAUUGUAGUGCAAUACCCUUGUUUGAACUUGGAUCUUUACACCACGAUUAUUAUUUAUUGAAUAUUCGCCUUCCUAUUGACAGUGAAAAGAAAAUGAAUUUGGAUAUAGGGUUUAUUGAAGAUAUGUGGCUCACGAUUAUAAACCAAAAUGGGGGCUUUACAAAAGUGUGGCUGUCUUUAAAAACUGUUUUCUUCCCAUUUAUUGUUGUUAUAAUGAUAUGGUUUUGGAGACGUGUUCAUAUGCUCUCAAGAUCACCAGCUUUAUUAGAAUAUAUGCUGAUAUAUUUAGGGCUUACUUUAACUUUCUUAAAUAUGCCUUUGGAAUACUUAACUUUGAUAUAUGAUAUGCCAUUUAUGUUACUUUUGGGCGAUAUACGUCAAGGAAUAUUUUAUGCAAUGCUACUAUCAUUUUGGCUUAUAUUUGCCGGAGAACACAUGCUGAUUCAAGACACUAAGAAAAGUACAUUGAAGGAAUAUUGGAAGAAUCUCUGUGCUGUGGCUAUGGGCUGCGUUUCUUUAUUCAUUUUUGAUAUGUGUGAACGUGGUGUGCAACUCCAUAAUCCAUUCUACUCUAUUUGGGUUACAGAUAUUGGAACAAACUUAGCACUAACUUUCAUUAUCCUCGCUGGAAUUUCAGCUGGUGUUUACUUUAUGUUCCUUUCCUACAUGACAUGGAAAGUGUUCUGUAACAUUAGCAUUAAGCAGUCUUCAUUGCCUGCUAUGUCUACAGCUAGACGAUUACAUUAUGAAGGAUUAAUUUAUCGUUUUAAAUUUUUAAUGCUAGCUACUUUAUUAUGUGCAGCUUUAACAGUUAUUGGUUUUAUUUUGGGACAAGUUACUGAAGGAAAAUGGAAGUGGGAUGACGAUAUUGAUCUCAAUUUUACUUCAGCCUUUUUCACUGGAGUUUAUGGAAUGUGGAACAUUUAUAUUUUUGCAUUGAUUAUUUUAUAUGCUCCUAGUCAUAAACAGUGGCCUGCCGAUAGUCAUAUAACUGAUCAUAGUGUGAGUGAAGAAAUAGAAUUCAGCCGUUUGCCAACAGAUCCUUGCUCAAGUGAAAUAUCAUCCCUUACUUCAUUUGUUAGAAAAACAGCAGUGGAUUAAAUGGGAAAAUCUUUGGUUGUUAUAUGGUGC